CUUCUAGUUUUUCGCAGUCCUUUGUGUUCAAAAUUAAUGACAGCCAUAUGCUUAGACUGCUCAGUUUGCAUAUUUAUAUAUAACAGAGAAGCAAGAACUUGAACAUUGUCAAAAGACAAGGCUACUUGAUUUUCAGUAUUUGUAGAUUACCUCACUACACAGUAAUCGUCUCACCUUCUUCUUGAUUUUUCUUUUCUACUCGAAGUUAUGACGCUUGAGAACUCCGCCCUUAGAACCGCCGUUGGCGUGGCCGGAAAUGUCAUCUCUUUCGGCCUGUUUCUUUCCCCAUUCCCAACAAUGAUGAAAAUAUACAACCAAAAAUCAGUACAGGCGUUCAAGCCUGAUCCAUACUUAGCCACUAUUCUGAAUUGCAUUAUGUGGAUGUUCUACGGCUCACCUGCUGUCACACAAGACAACCUUCUGGUUAUUACUAUCAACGUUGCAGGUUUCAUUUUGGAGACGGGCUAUGUUGCCAUCUUCUUCAUCUAUUCUCCCUGGGCAAAGCGCAGGAGGAUUAUGAUGGUUCUUCUAUUCGAAGUCAUUUUCGCUGCUGUUGUGAUUUUCAUCACCUUGGUUUGUUUCCAUACCCUUAAAGAUAGAGCUAUGAUUGUGGGCAUUGUCUGUAUCGUCUUCAAUGUAAUCAUGUACACUUCUCCUUUAACAGUCAUGAAAAUGGUGAUCAAGAGCAAGAGCGUCAAGUACAUGCCAUUUACUCUCUCAUUAGCCAACUUUUUGAAUGGUUGUGUCUGGGUUCUUUACGCAAUUCUUAGCGCAGAUCCAUACGUCUUGAUUCCCAAUCUUUUAGGAACAAUUUCUGGUAUAGUACAGCUAGUGUUGUACGCAAUGUACUAUAAAACAACAAACUGGGACGAGGACGAUGAAGAAGAUAGACCACCAGAGAUUCAAUUAUCCAGCGAUGCUUGAUUACCACUCCAAUUCCACCAUGCAGCUUUCUAAUUUUGAUACGUAUAAUAAUUUUUUAAAUUAUUAUGUUAGACAAACAGCAAUAAGUUGUUUCAUAACAUCCGUUUCAAGAUUCGGCUUGAAGUUUUGUUUUGUUUUGUUGAGUUGUUUUAC